CCAUAGGAGGUAUACGAGUUUACAGGCCUUAAGCAUUAAGUAGGCCUUGCUCAGUCAGAGACCUUGUUGAGAUAGUCGCCAACAUUAUUUGACAGACGCAAUUUGUGCGGCAUCGAUGUCACGUACUCAACAGGCCCGGCUGCAUUGUUUUUCUACUGAUUGUACAAGAAAAAUUAUUGGGAAGAAGAUGGACUCGAGAGCUUUUUCGUUCGUGGCGCAAAUAACAACAUUGUUGAUUGCAGUAAGUAUUGUAAAUGGAGAUGAGUGUCAGACAUAUGCUGGUGGUGCUGUCUACCCGAGGGAAACAGGAAAAAGCAGUGGACAUUCUUUACAAUGGACAAAAGCCAUGAUAUCAAAACCAGCUCCGUUUUGGGAAGCAACAGCGGUAGUGGAUGGCUCAUUUAAAGACCUUAAAUUAACAGAUUUUAAAGGAAAAUACUUGGUUUUCUUCUUUUACCCUUUGGAUUUCACUUUUGUCUGUCCAACAGAGAUUUUGGCCUUCAAUGAUAGAAUUGAAGAAUUUCGAGCAUUAAACACUGAACUUGUGGCUUGUUCAGUGGACUCUCAUUUCACACACUUAGCAUGGGUCAAUACUCCCAAGAGAGAAGGUGGACUUGGGCCUUUGAAGAUACCAUUGCUCUCGGAUUUAUCUCACAAGAUUUCAACUGAUUAUGGAGUCUAUUUAGAAGACAUUGGUCACACACUUAGAGGUUUAUUCAUAAUUGAUGACAAGCAAACACUGAGGCAAAUCACAAUGAAUGAUCUGCCAGUAGGCAGAUCAGUUGAUGAAACGUUAAGACUGGUACAGGCGUUCCAGUAUACUGACCACCACGGCGAGGUUUGCCCAGCUGGAUGGAAGCCAGGGAGCGAUACGCUUUAUCGUUUCAGAGUGAUGGUGGGGAAUGGACGGCAAGAGCAAUGAAAGUGAAAAGUACAGUACCCGCGCUAAGUUUCACACUACUACUUUUCAGUAUAACCGAUGGUUCACUAUUAUUUGAAAAGGGAAAAAAUCAGUGGAAAAAUCAGUUCUUUUAUGAUUAAAAUUGUAUUUUUGAUUAUAAGUUUUAAGUUAAUGCAAAAAAAUUAGGAAUACAUUACCCAACGAGAACCGCUAAAAGUGCGGAAAACCACUGCGCGUUUCCAAACUGUGCACGGAGUACUGUAUCAACACGCUUGGCUAUUGCCAUAUAUUUUUAAUAGUUACCAGCUUCUGUUUUCUUCGUAUGCUUUGACAGGUGUAUGAAAACAUUACUCUUUAAAUGCAUAAAAAAUUAAAUACGAAAAAGACGACCAAUUUUCAUGCAUGUCAAUGUGAACGUAAAGUCAACAGUCCCACCACAAACCGCAUGUCCUGAAAUAUGCUCUCACUGUAUGUCGUUGCCAAUGGUUUCCUUCCAAAAGUUGACUAGGUUUUUUCCCUCUGCAUCGCGAAUGCACAAAAUAAUUCUGUUUCCGUACAUGAAUAACUGAUCUCACAGAAAUUCUACGUGUUUCUGAUGUAAUUUUUUUUUCUUUGUUGGAUGUAUUAGAUUAUUCCCCAUCCGGAAGAGAAAAAACUCUAUUUC